GCGUCGCGUCAUGGAAUCUGUUCCAGAACGUUCGAGCAGGAGAGUUCGCCAUCUUUGAAGACGAGUAACAGAGGAAACCGCAUUCUCUUUGUUGAUACAUUUAACAACAAAAACCCGAUAAAACUACUCUUCCGAACCUCGGAAUUGUUAGGAGGAAGAUGCGCCACUCAAAGCGAAUGCGCUCCCCAGGCGUCUGGCUCGACGAGUACAGCUGGGAAGAGAGAAUGGACUGUCGCAAACGAAGGAGACGGGAUUCGCACAGCAGCGAGCGAGAAAAUAAGUCCAGAGGAACUCAGCGUCACCACAAGACGUUUGAGGGGCAUUACCUGGAGACCCGCAGUUUGAACCAGAGACUGGACUCUCGGGAGGGACACUGUUUGGACAUGGCCUGUGAGGACGAUAGUCGCGAAGGCACUUGCAAGGACAGAGAUCCGGACUGGCACCACUACAGCAAGUCAUCCGGGCGUAGCGGUCGCAGCAGGCGAAGCAGCCGCAGGCACAGAGACAGAAGGCGCAGACGCAGCCACUCUCGCCACAGGUCCUCCACGAGGAGGAGCCAUCACCGCAGGAGCAGGAAAAGAUCCAGGAGUGUUGAGGAUGAUGGCGAGGGUCACCUCAUCUAUCACACUGGAGACAUGCUGAGAGCGAGAUAUGAGAUUGUGUGUACUCUAGGAGAGGGUGCCUUUGGGAAGGUCGUCGAAUGCAUUGAUCAUUCUAAUGAUGGAGCUCGAGUGGCUCUGAAGAUCAUUAAAAACAUAGACCGCUACCGUGAGGCAGCUAUGUCUGAGGUAGAGGUGCUUGAACAGUUGAAGACCCUUGACUCUGAUAGGAGAUAUUCUUGUGUACGCAUGCUGGACUGGUUUGACUACCACGGCCAUGUUUGUAUUGCCUUCGAGCUGCUUGGCCUCAGCACCUAUGAUUUCCUCAAGGAAAACAACUUCCAGCCUUUCCCCAUAGAACACAUCAAGCACAUGGCUUACCAGAUCAUCCGAGCUGUGCGAUUUCUGCACAAGAACAAGCUGACCCACACAGAUCUGAAGCCAGAGAAUAUUCUCUUCAUUGAUUCAGACUAUGAUAUGGAGUACAACCCUGGCAUGAAACGGGAUGAACGAACACUGAGGAACCCAGAUGUGAAAAUUGUGGAUUUUGGUAACGCUACGUAUGAUCACGAGCACCACACCUCUGUGGUGUCGACACGUCACUACCGUGCUCCUGAAGUCAUUUUAGAUCUGGGCUGGGACCAUUCCUGCGAUGUGUGGAGUGUAGGCUGCAUACUCAUUGAGUAUUACCUCGGGUCUACUCUCUUCCAGACCCAUGACAGUAAGGAGCACCUUGCUAUGAUGGAAAGAGUCCUCGGCCCCAUCCCCACAAACCUCCUGCAGAAAACCAAGAAACAGCGGUAUGUCAACCGGUGCAGGCUUGACUGGGAUGUCCACAGCUCUUCAGGGAGAUAUGUCAGGAAACACUGCAAACCCCUCAAGCAUUACAUGGUGUCUAAGAGCGAAGACCACCACCAGCUGUUUGACCUGAUAGAGAAGAUGAUGGAGUAUGACCCAGCUAAGCGCCUCAGUCUGGAGCAGGCCCUGCGACAUCCCUUCUUCUCCUGCUACCGCAAGACCAGCCACAGUAGCAAAAGCAACAGCAGAAGCAGCAGCAGCAGCAAAAAAGACAGAACCUCUGAACCUGUAUAACUCUGACCUGUAACCUUGGUCAGCCUGGCUGUCAACAUGACAUUUAUCAUGCUGCUCGCUGCCAGCCUCCACUUCCUGACUCUCCAGGAGAGCUGUACCUUAACUGACUGUAUCAGUCCACUGCCCUGCUUUGCUGUGUUAUGUUAUAAGCCAGUGUGUGUUAGUGUCUCAUCAACAAGUUGUUUUCAUCUGUGGCAUGUUUUGAUGUAAUGAAUACCCCAACUGUUUUCUAUUUAUUUGCCAUUGUAAUUUAAUUUGUAGCUUAUGAGCAAAUACUGCUAAAGCUGUUUUUUUUUUUGGUUUGUUUUUUUAUUCAUGAUAAGCUACAUUGUGUCCAUGUUCAUUCUAUGCAUUAAGUGGGUAAUGGGUUAACAUUGAGGUUUGCUUUACCCUGCAUCAGUCUCAACAGUAAUUAUUUGUCCUGGAUUGUAGAUAUAUAAAAAAAGCUAUUGCGGGCAGAAAAUCCUUGUAUAUAGAACUUAAGAUUGUUUUUGUUUUUUCACUGACUGGUUAUGUAAUUUUUUGCAGUAUCGUGUACAAUUUCUCAAUAAACGUGAACAGACGACA